AUGGCCCCACAAGACAAAGUUGAAUUUGUUAUUUUAAAAUUAACCUUUUUGCCCUUUAUUCAUCCUCAAUAUCCUAGAAUUACAUUGACUCGCAAGAAGCAUUCACCUAGUGGCUCCAUGACUCAAGUUCGUGAUUGGUUUGAUCGCAUAAUGUCUAGAGAGAAAUCAAAAAUACCCUCUAAUAUAAGUGUGCGCUACUGUGAAUGGAACAUAACUUCGGGCAAUGCUAAUUUAUUUACCAUUAACGGUUACCGUUUCGAUAAGAUUCUUUUAAUAUUGGGUGAAGAAGCCAUACAUUGGGUAUACUAUCAGAAUAUGCCCCUGCAUAGACGCAUUGAAGGCUGCGGUCGUUUGUCGGUAAACUAUUGCGGCUGCUGCUUAAAUAAUCAAUAUUUGAAAAUUAUGGAAACAGUUAAGGGCUGCCUAAUGAAACAGGGCGGCCGUAAUUAA